AACAAGCUUCUUUAUUUUGAACUUUUCUCCCCCAUUUUGUGUAAAACGUUCCUAUGCAUUUUUUUAAACCAAUGACCGAACUAAUGCCAUGGACUAUUGAGGACCUCCACAAAACGAGACACAUAAGUCAAACCACAAAUCGAGACUGCCAUCUGCUGUUCGCACGGUGUUAGUGGACUGGAAAGCCUACAGGACCGUGCCAUUGGACCGAGUAGCCUAGCUUGCUGUGGACUGGAGAAGAUAAACCAGAACAACUUCGGCAAGCAGUGUGAAGGCCUACUCUGCAAGUUUAUUUAGAUUCUUUGGGUUUUGUCGCUUCCAAUUUAACGACUGAGAGGAAUUACAGUGAGUAGCUUAUGCUCAACUUUACAUGACACCAGAGUGAUGUCUAGGUCCGUGCAGUGGUUUACAAAGAUGAGCUCCCCAAACAGUACUUGGGGCAAGCUGAAAGACCUUGCCCUGGUGGAUAGGGAGAUGUACAGGAACCCCACAGAGGUGAAGAAGAGCCAGAUUGUGAUGCCCUGUCAUGCCAACCACUGCCAGGAGCUCAGCGUGGGGCAGCUGCUCAAGUGGAUGGACUCAACAGCCUGUCUGUCAGCUGAGAGACAUGCAGGAUGUCCCUGUGUUACUGCCUCAGUCGAUGAUAUCUACUUUGAGCACACCAUUGGGGUUGGACAGGUGGUCAAUAUCAAGGCCAAGGCAAACCGGGCUUUCAACUCCAGUAUGGAGGUUGGCAUUGAGGUGACUUGUGAGGAUCUUUUCAAUGGACGCUGCUGGAAGGUCUGCUAUGCUUAUGCUACUUUUGUGGCCAGACAUCCAGGAGGUGAAAAGGUGCACCUGCGACAACUGGUGCCACGGACUCAGGCAGAGCAGGCAGAGCACAGCGUCGCCGCGGAGAGGAGAAGGAUGAGGCUCAUCCACCAUGACAUCAUGAAGGACAUAUUAAACAACGAGUCCUUCCAGAAGAGUAUAACAGAAGGUUUCUAUAUAAGACAACUCAGCUCAGGGACAGAAAGCCAGGACCUUCAGGAGGCAGUACCCACAGAGAGGACUCAAGUGGAGAGUGUUGAGCUGGUACUGCCAACUCAUGCCAACCAUCAAGUCAACACUUUCGGGGGUCAGAUAAUGGCCUGGAUGGAGAAUGUGGCUACAAUCGCAGCAAGUCGUUUAUGCAAUGCUCAUCCCACACUGAAGGCUAUUGACAUGUUCCACUUCAGAGGGCCGUCUAGUGUUGGGGACCGCCUGGUGCUGAAAGCAAUUGUCAACAAUACCUUCAUGAACAGUAUGGAGGUGGGAGUGUGUGCGGAAGCCUAUAAGGGUGAGGAACCGCUUCGACACAUCAACAGUGCCUUCAUGACCUUUGAGGUGCUUGAUGAGGCGGGGAGGCCACGAACACUACCUCCGAUACGACCUGAGCCAACAGAGGGGAAGAGGAGGUACCAGGAGGCCAUUGCAAGGAAGAAAAUCCGACUUGACCGGAAGUACAUCAUCUCCUGUAAGCAAACAGAGAUGCCGCUGUCCGUCCCCUGGGACCCUAGUAACCAGGUGUACCUUAGUUACAACAAUGUCUUUGCCCUGAAGAUGCUGGCUGCAAGAGACAACUGGGUCCUGAAUCAUGAGAAGAACCAGGUCAGUCUAUACACAAUGGAGGAGGACAAAUCCCUGUGCUUUAAAGUGGAGGCAGAGGUGGCGGUCCCAGCAGCCACAGCCUUUCUGCUGCUGUCCGACCUCACCUGCAGGCAGGAGUGGGACCGGCACUACAACCUAUGUGAGUUGAUAACCAAGGUUGAUGAGGAUGACAUGAUCUACCGUGUCGUGACCCCCUCGGUUAGUGAGGCUGGUAAAGUCCAAGACUUCGUCCUGAUGGCAUCUAGGAGGCCACCAUGUGAUCGAGGGGACCCGUACGUUGUCGCGCUCCGCUCUGUCACUCUUCCCACUCACCAGCCCACAGAGGACGUCAACAGGGGCGAGGUGAUGUGUGCCGGCUUCACCAUAUAUGACAUCUCUAGCAGCACGGCAAAGAUCACCUACUAUAACCAGGCCAGUGCAGAGGUGCUGCCCUACAUCUCCACUGACAUUGCAGGCCUCUCCUCCAGCUUCUACUCCAGCUUCCUCUCCUGCAGCCGGUUCCUGCUGGAGCACAAGGCUGAUGCCCCAGCUACCAAUCUGGUCUCCACUGCACUUUGAAUAUAAUUCAACUCUAUUUUAUUUAUAUAGCGCCAAAACAAUAAAAUAGUCUCAAGGAUGCUUAUAUACUCUCCUUGUUCAUCGAUGUUGGAUACAUAUGGAACAUACAGAAAUUUCACGUGCACAACAGUGAUUCAUUCGUUUAAUCUUACAUUCUUCUUCCUUAAAUCUUCAGUUGUAUAUGUAAUAUCAGACAUAUAUUUGAAUAACACAUUCUAAUUCCUCCUAAUUCCUGCUUGAACAUAAUUGCCAGGUAAAGUAUCAAUACCAACAAUUAUCACAAUAGUAAAACAUACUAACAGUACGAAUGAUGAUACUCCUGCAGUCCAUCUGGAGAUCCUGCACUGAAUUAGUUAGUAACUCAGUUAGAAUAUGGUCAGGAUAUAUGUCAACUGAAUGUGUUUCAACAAUGUCGGGGUUCUUAGAUUUUCAGUCGGCCAGUAAGUGUAGAUGAAUAGCCAAAUGAGUGUCGGGCCAGGCACAGAUCUCAGACACCUUCCACUGCAGUUUUAUGAAGACACUGAGAAGUUUGAAUGUAACUCUUUUUUUGCACUAAUGUCUGAUGGGCCAGUUACAACCAGUUAUGAUUUUAAAUACCUCUUAUUAGGUUUUAUUACGUUUUUAUAUGAAUUUGUGUACAUGGGAAGGUGUUUUUUUGUUGCUUUACUCAUCUGAUCUUAAAAAGAUGCAUUAUACAUAUUUGCAUUGUAGAUAUUUACAUUUUCUUUAAAUGUUCAUGCAGGGAGUAUGCCAAAUUUUCUGUUCAUGUUCUUAUUGGAAGUUAUUUUGUGAAGCUGAAAAAUACAUUUAUUCAAGACAUUUCUCAAAAUAAAUGAGAGCCAGCACAGAGACUGCCAAAUGAAUAACAUUGUAAGUAUUUCUUUGCAAAAUUAUGUAUUUACAUUGAACAAUGAAUAGCUGAACUGUACAGGGUUAUUGAAAAGAUCAAUUUGUCUUGAUAUACAAAAGUAAUUUACACUAACCACUCUUCAGCUGAAAGUGAAGAGUUCAUUUGCAUAAACAGAUAUCUGCCAUUUUUAUGAUUUUUUAUAAAUUAAUUUAGCUUUUAAAUAGUUGUUUUAUUAUUUUUUAUUUAAUUUUAUUAAUUUACUUUUAUUUUGUAUUUAAUCAAAACAACCCAAUUGCAGUUUGAUUGAUAAAAUUGCACGAUAAAAAAACAUGAUUUAUGGAGAUGUCUGUUUUUGCAAAUGCCGUAGUGAUUUUAAAUAACCUAAUGCAUCUUAUCUUUAGAGGGAUACAUCAUAAUUGAACGAGAGUCAUUUUCAGCUAUGAAUCAUUUCCCCCAAAUUCCUGGCUCAUCUAGCAUAUUCAUUUGUUCAUACAAGCUUACCUCAUGAAAUUGCUGUCUAUAUUCAGUUGACUUUUAUAGGCCUGUACAUAUUUACGUAUUAUAUAUUUUCUGUUGUGGUAUUUCGAAAUAAAUGGGAACAGACCUUUGCUGUCAGUUCUGUAGCUCA